AUUUCCAACCGGGUGCUAGCAAAUCACAAAGCCAGAAACCGCUGUAACGUUUUCAAAGCCUCGCAUGAGCGUCGAACUACGGCCAGAACCUUUUCGGAACAAGGAAUUGCAGGCGUCGGCCCCAAAAUGAAGCCCGACGCAGCAUCAGAGCCAAUUCGGGUGAGCCUCCGCGUCCGCCCGUUGCGCUCCGAUGAGGUUCGCGGCGGCACGGCCUGGGAGCUGGACCCACAACGUUGUACCGUCCAGCAAAAGCCUGAGAAGUCGGUGCUGGACGUCUUCCGCUCCUUCGGCUCGUCAACGGCCUCCGCCGACCGGCGCCGCCAAGGCAAGUCCUACCAGCUAGACCAGAUAUUCGGACCAGACGUCUGUACCGCCCAUGUAUACGACACGGUGGUCCGGCCCAUGGUGGCGAGUCUGGUCAACGGAGUCAACGCCACGGUUCUUGCCUUCGGUCAGACGGGCAGCGGCAAGACGCACACCAUGAUGGGGGGUAGCACUGGCGGGCCGCCAUCCGCGACAACAGCAGCAGCAGGCGCGGCCACGACCUCUGCUGGCGAUGCGGGGGGUAGCAAUGGCCGCCGCAGCCGCAAUGAAAGCGGCAACGAGGCAAGCGGCACCGCCCCUACUGAAGUUGGAACUGCCGCUGCCAGCAACAAUCACACCACGAACGCGACCAACACGGCGGUGGUGGCGGCGGCUGUUGAGCCGGGUCUUAUUCCCCUGGCUGUGGCUGACGUGUUUGCGCGGCUGCGGGGUAUGGCUGCGGAGCGCGACGCCACCGUGACGGCCAGCUACGUCGAGAUCUACAACGAGGAGAUUAAUGACUUGCUCGACCCAGUUCGCAAUCGCAACAUGAAAAUCAUCAGCGCGGGCGACGAGCUAGCUUCCUACAGCUCCGGGCCCGCCGCCGCCGGCUCCUCUGCCAGCGGCAGCGGCGCCAGCGGCAGCGGCUCAUCGCUGAUGCCGGUGCUGCCGGGGCUGCGCGAGGUGGAGGUGGCGGCGGCUGCUGACGUGGCGGCGCUGCUGGCGGCGGGCCAGGCGGCGCGGCACGUGGGCGCCACGGCGCUGAAUGAGCGCAGCAGCCGCUCACACACCGUGUUCCGACUGGUGGUGGAGAGCCGCCCCGUUGCCGUACAGCGGCAGCCGGCCGACGCCUCCGCCUCGGCCUCCGCCUUACACAGCGCCCGCAGCAGCUUCAGUGGCAGCGCCAGUGUCGGUGCUGUUGCUGGCGGCGGCACGCGCUCCUGCCCCGCAUCCGCGGGCAUCCCCCUCGCCUCGGCUGAGCCGCAGCCGCCGCCGUCGCCGUCCCUGACCGCAGCCCCGGCAGCAGUCGCCGCCUCAGCAAGUGUCACGCCAGGCCGCCAGGGCCCACAGGGCCCACACGGCCAUCAGGGCCAUCAGGGCGUGUUUCGCUCCACACUGGUCCUGGUUGACCUGGCGGGAAGCGAGUGCGCGGCCAGGUCGGGUGCUGAGGGCGUGCGGCUCAAGGAGAGCGGCGCCAUCAAUAAGUCGCUGCUGACGCUGCGGAACGUGGUGGCCAAGCUGGCGGAGGGCGCGGCGGAGAGCGGCGCGCACGUGCCGUACCGCGACUCCAAGCUGACGCGGCUGCUGCAGCCGGCACUGGGCGGCAACACCCAGACCGCCAUCAUCGCCACCAUUGCGCCGGGGCCCGCACAAGUCAGCGAGAGCCACAACACGCUGGAGUUUGCCACGGCUGCAAAGCGCAUCACCAACCGAGUGGAGGUCAACUCAGUGCCCGCCGACCCCGCGGCGGCGGCGGCGGCGCUGGUGGCGCGGCAGGCACGGCAGAUCGAGGAGCUCAAGCGCCAGCUACUGGAGAUCAGGACUUGCAGCGCCCGCAGCGCCACCGUCAGCGGCCUGGGGGCCUCCGCCGCCAGCCCCACCGCCAGCGGCCGCCUGCGCCGCUCCUCCGCAGUCGACUACGGCCACGGCCACAUACACGGCGCCGCCACGCCGCCGCCGGGCCUAAGCGCAGGCUACGGCCGGCCACAGCUGCACGCGGGCAUGGCGGGCUCGCGCUCCGGCGGCGUGCGGCGCUCGGCGGACUUCAGCUCGGCGCUGUCGGCCUGCGGCAGCCGCCUGGGCGCCGGAGCCUUCGCGGGCGCGCUCGGCCCUGCAGCAACGGCCGCGGGCGAUAGCGCCAGUGCGCCUCGCGGGCUGUGGCUGGAGGAGACGGCCUCCGGCAGCGGCUGGGUAGACGCACGCGGCUGCUUCACGCCGCGGUCCGCCACCACGGCCGACGGCGGCGUCAGUCCCGGCGGCAGCAGCAGCGUCCUGGCCUCGCCCAGCCUGAGCUUCGGUGCGCGGCGGCGGGUGCUGCGGACGGAGGAGGGGGAGGCGGACUCGUCACCGGAGAUUGUGGAGCGGGAGGACGUGGAGGAGCAAAGCAAAGCGACCGCCGCUAUGAGCAGCGCCGCCGCUGCCACCGCGGCCGCAGCCGCGAGCAAGCUGCGGGAGAUUGCGGAGGAGCAGGAGGCAGCAGCGAGGCGGGAGCGCGAGCAGCAGCAGGAGCUGCUGCGGCAGCAGCGGGAGGCGCGGGCGGCGCUGGAGGCGGAGAAGGUGGAGCGAGAGGAGGCGCUGGCGGCGGCGCGGGCGCGUGUGUCCUACCUCGAAGCCCAGGCGAGCGCGCACUGCCUGGAGCUGCAGCAGGUCAGGAGCGAGUGCGAGGCCGCAGCGGCGGCAGCAAUCGCGACGGCUGCUACAAAGUACAAAGCUGAGCAAAUCACAGCAGCACAGGAGGCAGCGGUUCAUUUGGCGGCAGUUGAGGCGGCGGCGCAAGAAGCCGCCACCGCCGCAGCAGCCCGGGAAUCGGCGCUGCGGGAGGCGCUGGCGGCGGCACAGGCCACAUCGGCGGAGGCAGCAGCAGCCGCGGAGCAGGCGCGACUUGAGCUGCGGGCUCGGGAGUCAUCUGCCGGCGCCCCGGCCAGUGUGUCGGUGCAGCUGUCACCGAUCAAGUCCCCAGUCAACGGGAGCUCUCCCGUCUCCAAACGGAACCUGUUCGGCCGCUGGCAGACGGACCCGGUGCCUGUGCUGGGCAGCCCUCCCGGCGGCGUCCAGCCCGGCAGUGCCCGGGCCCUGGGCGGCGACAGCGCCGGCGGCGUCAGUGGCGACAGCGGCGCCGGCUCGAGUGUGGGCAGCUGUGCCUCGGGCAGCGUCAGCAAGCACACGUCUCGCCGCACCAGCGCCGCACUCGACGACCACCACCACCCCGGCCACCACCAGCACCAGCAGCACCGCUUGCCGCGCCUGCGUCUGCCUCUGCCCGCAUGCCUGGGCGGCGGCGCCGCGGCUGAGGCGCAAGCCGAGGCGGAGGCGGAGGCCCGGGCGCGGGACGCGGCGGCGGCGGCCGAGCGGGUGCAGCAGGAGGAGGAGCGGCAGCGGUUGGUGGUGGCGCUGGCGUCCGUAACCGUGGAGCGCGACGUCGCGCUCUCCGAGGCAGAGGCGCGUGGCGCCGAGUGUGAGGGGCUGCGGGCGUCGCUGGCGGCAAGCCGCUCCGACGGCGCCGCCGCCAUUUCGAUGGCCAAGGCGUCUGCCCAGGUGGAGGUGGAGGCGGCGAGGCGCACGCUGGCGGAGGCUGAGGCGGCGCGGGCGCAGCUGGAGGAGGCGCUGCAUGCGGCGCGGGAGGACGCGGCGGCGGCGGCGGCGGCGCAGGCGGAGGAAGUGGCGGCGGCCGCCGUGGGGGCGCAGCGGGCGCUGGAGGCACAGGUGGCGGCGUUGACGUCGGACCGGACGGCGGCGAAGGCCGGUGCCGCGGAAGCGCUGGCGGCGGCGGAGCAGAAGGCAGCAGCGUCAGUGGCGGCAGUGGAGCUGCGAGCAGCCACGUCUACGGCGGCGGCGCAGGCGGCAUGCGAGGCGCUGGCGGCGGCGGAGCGGCGUGCCGGGGAGAGGGAGGCGGCGCUGCGGCGUGAUGCCACGGAGGCGCGCGCGGCAGCGGAGGCCGCUACCGCCGCUGCCGCUGCAGCCGCGCUGUCAGCGGCGGCGGAGCGCGAGCAGCUGCUGACGCGGCUGCUGGUGGCAGAGGCGGCAUCGGCGUCGGCUGAGUCCUCUGUGGUGGCGGCGGAGGCGCGGGCGCAGCAGCUGGCGCAGGCGCUGGAGGAUGAAGUGGAGAGGGAGCGCAGCCUAGAGGCGGAGGUGGGUACGGGUCGGUCGGGCCUGGCGGCGGCGGAGGCGAUGCGUGAGGACUUGAAGCGGCAGCUGGAAGAGGCGGAGGCCGCCGCAGCUGCGGUUAAGGUGAGGUUUGAAGAGGAGCUGGCGGCGGCGGCGGCGAGGGAGCAGCGGCUUACGGAGCAGCUGGCGGCAGCUGAGGCCGCUGCGGUGGCGGCUGCAGAGUCGUUGGCAGUUGCGAAGGGGGCCGCCGAGGGCGCCGCUGAGGCCGCCGCGCAGCAACUGGCGACUGCGGAGGCGCGCUGUGCGGCGCUCGUGACAGAGGUCAGCGGGAGUGCAGCGAAGGUGGAAGAGCUGCAAAAGCAGCUUGCGGCAGCAGCAGAGCAGGCAGCUUCGGCGGCGGCCGCAGCCGCUGCAACGCUGGCUGCACGCGAAGAGAGCGCUGCAGCGGCGACGUCGGCGGCGGCCGCGCAGGCGGCGGAGAAGGAGCGCGCCGCCGCGGCCGCGGCACGAGCGCAUGGGGAGGCGCUGGCGUCUCGUGACGCGGUGACGUCCGCGCUUCGGGACCAGCUGGCGGCCAUGGACGCGGAGGCGAAGCGGUCGGCGGCGGCGCUGGAGGCAUCGCAGGCCUGGGUCACUGACCUGCGCCAGCGCCUGGCGGCGGCCGAGGCGGCGGCGGCGGCCGCCGCCACGCGGCACGACGAGGCGCUGGCGGCGGCGGCGGCCCGGGAGAAGCAGCUAGGUGAGCGGCUGGCGGCGGUGGAGCAGCAGCUUAAGGCCGGCGCCGCCACGGUCGCCGCCGCCGCCUCUCGGCUCAAGGGAAUGGACACAGAGGUCGCUCGGGAGCGCGCGGCGGCGGCGCGCCAGGCCGUGACGUCGUACGCCGCCGCCUCUACGGAGGAGCGGCGUGCGCUGGAGGCGGCGGCGCAGGUGGCGGCGGCGGAGGCCGGCGGCGCCGCCGCGGAGGCGGCGGCGCGCGCGGAGGCGGCGGAGGUGCGGUGCGGCGAGCUGGCGGCGGCGCUGGCGGCUGCGAAGGGCCGGGUGGCGGAUGCAGACAGGGAGCUGGCGGCUCGGGAGGCGACGCUGUUGGAGCUGGCAGCGGAGUUGGAAAUCUUCAAGAAGAAGCAGGAGGCGGUGGACGCCGACACGGAGGUCUUGCGCGGGCAGCUGCGGCGCCAGGCGGCGGACGCGGCGGCGGCGGCGGAGGCGCUGCGUGAGCGCGAGGCGGCGCUGACGCGGCUGCAGCGGGAGCACAUGGACAAUGUGCUGUUCGAGCAGAGCGCCGUGCGGCAGCGCAUGCUGCUGUAGGGAUAAGUGCUGUCAAGUGGUGCGGAGGCAGCUUACUUGAGAGCUUGGUGCGUGAGGCAUUGUGCACAAGACAUUUGAGUGGGAACGGGCAAGUCUGCAGGAGCUGUCGGUGUGUUGCGAAAUUUGCAAAUGCAAUAUUUUGUUCGUGUGUGCUGCUGUGAUGUGACAGAGCUGCGCAUGGCAACUUGCCAGAGUGAAGCUCUGAGUGAAGCUGGUUUGCCUCAGCACUGUCUCGCCUCCUAGUCUAACUUAAUAAAGCUCAGGCUAGCCUGGCCUGGCCUGCUUUUGGUAACGGCUCUUGUAAAAAUGCCAUAUGCGCGGCCGGUCCGUUGCUGGGGGGUGCGCGGGCAGGCGGUGAGCGUGCGCGUGAUGUGUGCAGGUGAGCAUGGUGACCCCUCGCAUGCGUAUUGGCGAGUGAGACUGUGAGGGAGUUGCAUAAGUGCAUUGGUGCUUCGUGCUUUCAUCGGGAGGACCGUAUGUGAUUGCGCGUCGACCUAACAACAGACCGGUGCAGGUGCAUGAGCAACCGUUUAGCGCGCCUAUGAGCGUCCUUGUGAACCAACUUGUGAACCACAUACUGACUGCAGCACUGUAUGAUUGAUACGUUCGUAAGUUUGUGCAGGGAUGAGAUGCAGAAGCCGAACAAAUGCAAUGCAGGCGGCUGCCGGGGACCCGUGUAGCUCGUACCCAUGUAGCCUGGUAUGCAACGGUGAAGGCUGCCCGGGAAAUAAGACAGUGGUACGCUAAUUCCAAGAAAUGUCAGGCGGCGCCGGGGAAAGAGGGAGUAGCCGUUCGAGGAAAACGGGGUGAUGAAAUCACAAGCACGGAGUGCUGACGUGGACGUAGUCCAGCAGGAGCAGGGCUGUACGGACUCAUACAGCUUGCGGUUAAGACUUGGGCAGCGCAGGGCAGCGCCUGAAAUACUCCUAUAUGUCAUGAUGCACUGUGGGACACGCUGAGUGAGUGAGUAAUACAGGCGGUCCCUUACCAGGUUCACAGGUCACUCCCCUGAGGCUCUGCCCCAUCACACCUGGCACACAAGCUAGCCUGACAUGCAGACUUCCAACAACGUGUGCGUACGAUUUUAGUCACCUGGUAUGCAACUGAGUAGGCUGCCUGAUGGCCGGUUGCGUGAGUGCGUGACAGGAGGACUCGCCUAGACCGGGGCCAGAAGUGGCCAUCCCGCGACACCGGGAUUACUGCGGGAUGUGUCACUGUAGAGGAAACGCCGUAAAAGGAAUGGAUGACGAGCUGGGGCUAUCCUUAGGGCAUGUGGGACUUACGCGCCUUCCUCCCACAGUCGCCCAUGUUUU